UCGUAUCAACGUACAUUUCAGUAGACACGGUCCGGUAUAACCGCAGCUACGAACAUGAACACGGAGAAGGACUUUUCGCCUCUGACGCCCAACAUUGUCAGGGCUUUGAAUGACAAACUGUACGAGAAGAGGAAAGUCGCGGCACUAGAAAUUGAGAAACUGGUGCGGGAGUUUGUGGCUCAGAACAACUCUACUCAAAUAAGACAUGUUAUCCAGAUCCUGGCCUCGGAGUUUGCGCUUUCCCAGCACCCCCACAGCCGUAAGGGGGGUCUCAUUGGACUGGCUGCUUGCUCCAUCGCCCUCGGCAAGGACUCGGGUCUGUAUCUGAAGGAGCUUAUUGAGCCUGUACUCACGUGUUUUAAUGACUCAGACAGCCGUUUGCGCUACUAUGCCUGUGAGGCCCUCUAUAAUAUAGUCAAGGUGGCCAGGGGAGCUGUGCUGCCCCACUUCAACAUGCUCUUUGAUGGUCUCAGCAAGCUUGCAGCAGACCCAGACCCCAAUGUUAAAAGUGGAUCUGAACUCCUGGACAGACUGCUGAAAGAUAUUGUGACAGAAAGUAACAAGUUUGACUUAGUGGCGUUUGUCCCCCUGCUCAGAGAGAGAAUCUACUCCAAUAAUCAAUAUGCUCGUCAGUUUAUUAUUUCCUGGAUCCAUGUUCUGGAGUCUGUGCCAAACAUCAACCUGUUAGAGUACCUCCCUGAGAUCCUGGAUGGGCUCUUCCAGAUCCUAGGAGACAACAGCAAGGAGAUCCGUAGAACAUGUGAGGUGGUGCUUGGAGAGUUUUUGAAGGAGAUUAAGAAGACACCCUCCAGUGUGAAAUUUGCUGAGAUGGCCAACAUCCUGGUCAUCCACUGCCAGGUUGCAGAUGAAACAAAACUCACAAACGACCUGAUCCAGCUUACGGCUAUGACCUGGAUGAGAGAGUUCAUCCAGCUUGCAGGCAGAGUGGUUCUCCCCUACUCCUCUGGCAUCCUAACUGCAGUGCUGCCUUGCCUUUCCUACGAUGACAGAAAGAAGAAUACCAAAGAAGCAGCCAGUGCCUGUAAUAACAGUCUGAUGAAGCUGGUGACUCCUGAGGAUGACGAGGAUGAGGAGAAAAAUGGAGAUACAGGUUCCAUGGAAGACGGCCAGCCGAAGACGGAGGCAGACAGCAAUGAUAUGCUGAAUGCAUCCCAGGAAUCUGUUGGUUUCAGCAACAUCAGCUUCUUCACUCCAGCAAGUGCUGACAGGCCUCAGGUCACUCUGGACCUGGACGGUAUUGUUCAGGUGUUGGACCGACACCUCCACGACUCCUCCACUGGCAUGAUGACCCGCAUAGCUGUGCUCAAAUGGCUCUACCACCUCUACAUCAAGACACCACGCAAAAUGUUUCGCCACACAGACAGCCUGUUUCCCAUGUUGUUGAAAACACUGUCAGAUGAGUCUGACGAGGUGAUACUGAAAGAUCUGGAGGUGUUAGCUGAGAUAGCUUCAUCGCCUGCUGGCCAAACGGACCAAAUCGGCUCCUGCGACAGCACUGACAACAAACCAGAGCUCAAGGUCCCAGAGGGUGCCAAGCCAGGACAGCAGCUCAGCACAGACUCCAGAGUGAUGGACUCAUCCCCCUCCACUCCAAGUAUGAACUCCUAUUUUUACAAGUUCAUGAUCAACCUGCUGAAACGCUUCAGUCUGGAGAGGAAACUUCUGGACAACAGAGGCGCUUUCAUCAUCCGGCAGCUCUGUCUGUUGCUUCAUGCGGAGAACAUCUUCCACUCCAUGGCUGACAUCUUGCUGAAGGAGGAGGACCUCAAAUUUGCAUCCACCAUGGUUCAGACGCUCAACACCAUCCUGCUCACCUCGGCGGAGCUUUUCCAGUUACGCAACCAGCUGAAAGACCUCCGCUCUCAGGAGAGCUGUGCUUUGUUUUGCUGCCUGUAUCGUUCCUGGUGCCACAACCCCGUGGCCACUGUGUCACUCUGUUUCCUCACGCAGAACUACAAACACGCCUAUGACCUCAUCCAGAAGUUUGGAGAUCUUGAGGUGACAGUGGACUUCCUGAUGGAGGUCGACAAGUUGGUUCAACUCAUUGAAAGCCCCAUUUUUACCUACCUGCGCCUGCAGCUCCUCGAUGUGGAGAACAACCCUUACCUGAUAAAGGCGCUGUAUGGCCUGCUGAUGCUGCUGCCACAGAGCCAGGCCUUCCAGCUGCUCUCCCACCGUUUGCGUUGUGUCCCCAACCCUGAGCUCAUGAGGACUGUGGAUGAGUCCAAGUAUAUAGACUCCAAACACCAAGUGGCCUCCAAACGUGCCUCUCACAGUCAGAUGGAUUACAAUGAGCUGCUCCAGCAUUUUGACCGUGUUCAGAGCAAACACCUGGAGGUCCGACACCAACGCUCUGGACGUGCCUCUGAUCACCCUGACAGGAAGCUGAUGUGAAGUUACUGUGUCAUAGUGACCUCCGGCCCUCAAAGGACAGCGAGGGGGGGA